AUGGUGAACUCGGACCUCAUCUCGCGCAUCGAGUACUCGGAGAAGUACAACGACGAGAACUACGAGUACCGGCACGUGAUCAUGCCGAAGGAGCUCGCGAAGUCGCUGCCGCGGUCGACGCUCAUGUCGGAGCAGGAGUGGCGCAACGCGGGCAUCCAGAUGUCCCGGGGCUGGCAGCACUUCAUGAUCCACCGCCCGGAGCGCCACAUCUUCUUGUUCCGACGCGCGCUCGGCACGGACCCGCUCUCGGGCAAGGUCGACCCGGAGCUCGAGCGGCAGGCGAAGGACCAGUACCGCACCUACCUCGAGGACAACACGAACGUCGAGGCGUAG